ACAUUAUUAUUAUUAUUAUUAUUAUAUUGGCAGUGUUUGAAUUUGCUGCUUGCAAUUCAUUUUUAGAAAACAGAUAAGCCUAGAUAAGCUUUCUGCAUUAAAGUGCUGUUUCUGCCAGACAAAUGUGCUUUCAACACAGUAGAAAACUCAAAGUGCUCCUGCAUUUCUGACUGACGUGAGAAUAUGUGGAUAAUAUUACAGUGAUAGAAACACAAUAUCCAUCACUGUGCACUGACAUGAAUAACUUAAGCUCAUGAGAAUGGUCACUGUUUGUUUGCUUGUUAAUUUCCGCAGGGUUGGGCCUUCAUAUAACACUAAUUAAUAAUUGUAUUUAUAGUAAACUGAUCUCGAUGAAGUAGUUCGGGGUGAGUUGGUCUAUCAUGUGUCAUAAAUUACUUGUGAAUUACUUUUGGUACAGAUUUGAGUUACCACCCAACAAGCAUUAGCCUCAUAUAUCUGUUGAAGUCCACUUCAUUUAGCCAUUUGAAACAUCUUGAUACAUCAGCGGAUAUUUCUUUAAAUAAACAGGAAUUUAUUCAUUUACAAUUUAUUUAGUUGCAUGCAUGCAUAAGCAGUUAUUCAUCCAUACAUCUUAUAUAAAACAUGUAUUAUAAAUGUCAUAUCUUUGUAAAACAUUUGAAAGCACUAAAAUGAGUGACAAGUGCUGUUUUGUUAUAUAUAAAGAAUGAAUGCAUUUCAUGAUUUUUAUUGAAUUUAUCAUAAAACACACAAGACGAAUGCAACCAGCAUAUACCCUUGCUUCUUGUUAAAAUGUUAAGCAUGGUACAAAAAUUAAUUGCUUAAUAAUUUGAUUAAGGCGCAGUACAAUUAAUAAUAUACUAAUAUGCACUAAUAUACAGUUUACAUGUCUCUUUGGGUUGUUGAUUUAUUUUUGAUUAGUUCAUUGUCAGUUAUUGACUGUUAUUCUGGUUCCAGUGAUUUCACAAUGACAGACGCGGUGAUGGGCACGAAAGGUGUCCAUGUGCAGUCUGGACCGUGUCUCGGUGCAGAGCUGACUGAUGAGGAGAAGGAGAUCAUCAACAGCGUCAUCGUCCGGGCCGAAAAAAUGGAGGCAAUGGAGCAAGAGAGGAUUGGACGUCUGGUGAAUCGUCUGGACAACAUGAAAAAAGCUGUUUGUGGGGACGGAGUGUCACGCUGCCUUUUAUGUGGAGAGCAGCUGGGAGCCGGAGGAGACAGAUCAGUGGUUUGUGAGGACUGUAAAAAGAACAUGUGCACCAAGUGUGGAGUGCAGGCGACUGCUCGGCCGCGGUCUGUGUGGCUCUGCAAGAUCUGCAGUGAGCAGAGAGAGGUAUGGAAGCGAUCUGGAGCCUGGUUCUUCAAAGGUCUCCCUAAGCAGUUCUUGCCCUCACCGAUGCCCAUUUCCAGAGAUCCCAGUCCUCAGAAGAGCCCUGCAGCUCCUCCAGCGGCUGUGCCGACUCAAGCACCGGUCGCAAAGCCGAAAGUGGAUCCACCGAUCACCCAAAAACCACCUGUGGCUCCUAAACCUGCUCACCUUCAAACUCGCAGUUACUCAGAGGAGGAUGGAGAUGCGGGAAGCUCCCAGAAUGCCCCAGUGCUGAUGAAGAAGACGGUGAACGUCCACGCGGCCAGACCAGUCCCAUCAGUUGCUCAGGAGGCAGAGAGAGGAGCCUAUCAGUCUGUUAGCACUGCAUCUCAUGUGCAGGAAAGAGCCCAUCCUGCAGAGAGAGAGGAGCAGAAGCCUCGUCCCGUCCAGCAUCAGGUCGCUCCACCAGCGGACGAGGAGGAGGAGGCUAACAGCUAUGACUCCGAUGAAGCAACAACUCUUGGGUCACUAGAGUUCAGUUUACUGUAUGACCAAGGGAACAACAGCCUCCACUGCAGCAUUAUCAGAGGGAAGGGUUUGAAGCCAAUGGAUUCGAAUGGACUGGCAGAUCCUUAUGUUAAGCUUCAUCUGUUACCGGGUGCAAGCAAGUCAAAUAAAUUACGCACCAAGACCCUACGCAACACUCGCAACCCGACCUGGAACGAGACGCUGGUGUACCAUGGGCUGACAGACGAGGACAUGCAGCGCAAGACCCUCAGAAUAUCUGUCUGUGAUGAAGACAAGUUUGGCCACAAUGAGUUCAUUGGAGAAACCAGAGUUGCGCUGAAAAAACUCAAGUUUAAUCAGAAGAAGAACUUUUACGUGUGUCUAGAGAGGGUUGUGCAGACAAAAAGAACAUCAACUGCAGGCGGUGCGCGAGGAAUCGCCCUCUAUGAAGAUGAGACUGGGAAGGAUGGAGCUGAGCUGGAAGAGAGAGGACGAAUCCUGAUAUCCCUCAUGUACAACACUCACCUGGGUCGUCUCAUUGUAGGCGUUAUACGCUGUGUUCACUUAGCAGCAAUGGAUGCGAAUGGUUAUUCUGAUCCUUUUGUCAAAAUAUGUCUGAAACCUGAUAUGGGGAAGAAAGCGAAGAACAAGACACAGAUAAAGAAGAAGACACUCAACCCAGAGUUUAAUGAGGAAUUCAGCUAUGAAAUUAAGCAUGCAGAGCUGGCCAAAAAGACUCUUGACAUCUCAGUAUGGGACUAUGACAUAGGCAAAUGCAAUGACUAUAUAGGAGGCUGUCAGCUGGGUAUCACUGCCAAAGGUGAGCGUCUGAAGCACUGGUACGAAUGCCUCAAGAACAAAGACAAGAAGAUCGAGCGCUGGCAUACUCUGGUCAACGAGAAUCACGUCUCCAGUGAUUAGGCUCUUAAAGCGUUCUGCAUGCCUUUAGGUUCUACUCGGCCCGUUUUACAACUCCAUUCCCCUCCACUAACUGCAUAUCCUGAGCUAUAGCGAUCUCGCUCUUGUCUGGCUGACACGUGAUAUGCUUUCAUGAAACAAACCGUGAUGUCUGGAGCUCUUCUGUUCACUGUGACCCACACAGACGUCUGUAGGUUAGCACUGAAGUGUUAAAGAACUGCACAAAUAUGUCACGCUCUGUAAUCUGGCCACAGUAGCAUUGUGAUUUUAAGUUAUAGUUGAAGAACAACUGUAGAAACUCCAAAUAUUUAUCUUAAUUGUUGUGGGAAUGCAUUAAUAUCACGUCUCUUAGCAAUCUCUCAUUUAAAGGUGUUAUGAAAGUCCUUCUCCUUAAAAAAAAAAAAAGAAAAAAAAGAGGCAGAUACAGAAAGUAUAAGCCCUAUUUUAAGCAGUUUUAACCAGUCUAAGAAUGUUUACAGGCCAUAUAGAAUGUCAGGUACAUUACUUAAUUACAUUUAGCAACUUAUUUAUGAGUCAGUGUUAUUUAAGAUUCACUGAUAUACUAUUUAUAUUUUUGUCAAUAUAUGUGAAUUAGAUUUUAUUUUUAAAUUUUCUGUUUUUACAUUAAUUUUAGUUAAAAUUGUAGAAUUUUGCUGCAUUUUUGUCAUGAUAAAAAUGUCUAUAAUUUUUUAUUUUUACGUUUCUAUUUUUAUUAAUUUUUUUAUUUGUAUUUUAGUGAAUUAGAAAUAACUAGCUGAAAUACUAGUUUUUUAUUCAACUAGUCAACUUCAUAUUUAUUUGUUUAUUUUAUGCUUUUAGUUUUAGUUAGCUGUAAUAACCCUGAUAUUAGGUCAAAAGAACUGGCUAUUUAUUUCAUACAAAUAUGAAGCAACAAGUAGGGAUGUUUACACAGCACAGAUAAGACUAAAUCCAAAGAAUGUCCAGACUAGAACAUUUCACACCAUUAUCUGUUCUGCAAUGAUACUUUUAGACUUAGGUUAGGUGGUCUUUUAAUCUAAUGAAUACAGUUUUAUAACACAUUGCUUGGUAUGUCUGGUUUACAACAACACUAUUACUGUAUGUAAGCACACUCUUCAAACAUGCAUCCUAUUUAUGGUCUAUAAUGUGUUGACAAUACAAUUGCCUUGUGUGGAGAUGACCAUUGGCAACCACAGUCAUGGAUAAAUGAAACAGGAUAGACUAUAAAUAGUCCAAUGCAUCAUAUGGCUGUGACGCAAGCCAGGAUUACUGUAAGGAGAAAAAGUACUGCAGUCCAAUCACAUGUGAACACUGAAAGGAAAGCACAGUUACAAUGGGAUGACCUCCACAUUUCUAUUCUUUGCUGUCAUUAUAACCAGCUCUUAUGCAUGAGAGUGUCUUUGAUCAUAGUCGGUACAGUUCAUUUGCCUUAAUAAAUGAUAAUUCACUCCCCCCAACAAACGUUUGGCGAUGACACUUCCGGGGUUUUUUGAGAACUUCAAAACAGAGACGCUUUACAUGACUUCGCUUCAGUUCGAGCUGAAAGAGACUGAAGAGUGAUUUGAGCCGGGUUGAAACUCAAACAUGAGUUUUGUUUUGGAGCUUUGAAGUAUUUUAGCAAACUCAGUUUCACAAAUGAUGAUAAUACACUGAUCCUGGUCGGCUCUAACGCAGCAUUUUCACAGGUCUUAAAUCAAAGUUGUGAUAUUAAAUGUUACAUUUUCCGUGCAUAAAAAAAAAUUAUAUCUUGUUUUUUUUUUGACAACAUCUAAACAUCCUUAAAUAAAGAUACCUUAAAUCAAGAUACAUCUACUAGAGAUGCAAAUUGAAAAUUUUAAGUCUUUUUUUUUUUUUUUUGAGAAAUUGAACAAAAUUAUGUGUUUUUGGUUUAAACAACAUAUUUGUUUUCAUUUUAAAUUAAGUUGAUUUUCCUGAGCCUGUUGGCUGAUAUUUGUUCUCGUUUUAAAAAUAAACUUACUUCAUUUUGAUCAAUUUCUCAGAAAACAAGACUCCAUAUCUUAUAUCAUUUUGCUUCUCAAAUAAAUAUCUUUAUACAAAAUAAAAUUUAGCUUGCAAUUUACCUUGAUAAAACAUGCAGAAAACCUGAAAUAGGACCCAGUUGACCUACAGAUUUAUGCUUUAAGGCAUCAUGCAAAUAUUUAAGUUACAAACAACUGAUUUAAUUGUGGUGAAAAUAUAUUUCAUAUUGUACGUGGUAUCUGGUCCUAUAACACAGAAUGCCAUCAAUGACCGUGAAAGGAUAUUCAAACAAAAACUUUUCAAAGCUGAAAAACAAAAAAAUAUAUUUAUGUGCAUUCAAGCAAUAAAGAUGCAUUGCUUAUCUGCUUUCAAAACCCUGAAGGGUGAAAAACCCCAGAAGUAUGGUCGCCCGUUGUUGACCAUUUUAAAUGGUUCACGCCACGAGGAAACAAUUCUACUUGAUAUUUUCAUACACAAGUAUUAUAAAAACACUAAGUUUAAGAACACAAAAUAUCCUUGAAAAAGAGCAUUUAUUGUUUGUUCCUUGGAAACAACAAGUUGAAAUGAACAUAUAUUUUGAAUGAUAGCUAUGGUUGAAGUCCCCAAAAAGGGAGCAUUUUGGUCAAGACUGGUGGAAAACGCUCACAUAGUAAUACAUUUAGACCAUCUUGCACAAAAAAUAGAUUGCAACUACGUAUAAUAAAUUAACUAAUGUCAGAAUAAUAAUAAUAUAAAAUAAUGCAUGACACGACCCUUAUAAUAUUUUGUAGUCCAGAAGAGAUCUUCAAAAUGAUGAAUGUGAUUUUGCUGAAUUUUUUUUCACGCCGGUUUAUUCACACGCUGAGCUAUCUAUGAUAUCUGUCAUUUGCAAAAAACAAACAAAACAGCACACCAGUCUGACACCUUAACACCUUAUUUGCCAGUUUAGUUUGUGAAUGUUUAUUGGUAUAAAUGUGUUCUUCUUUCAUUAAUGAUGCCGUUGUAUAUAUAUAUAUAUAUAUAUAUAUAUAUAUAGUAUAUAUAUAGUGCAUGUACUUGCACAGCAGGGAAGUGUUUACUGUAUGUGGGAAGUUUGCAUGUAAAGAUUUUACUUGGAGUUCAAAACGCAGAGACUAAUAAAAGUCUAAAUAAACUUCA